AUGUUUUUUCACGGCAUGGAAGCCCCUCAGCCCUCCCCAAUGGAUAGUUUACACCCACAUUCCUCUGCAAAUGCAUUCCUCGCUCACCUUUUCUCGCUCCUCUGCGGCUUUCUACCCGUCAAUGAUGAAACGACUGAACUUCCGCAGCCUUCAUGGCCUUUGGCGGUCCAUCUACGCACACUCCUCACUCGCCUGUCCUUACUCAUUCACCGCUUUUCACCUGAAAGUGAUGCACCAAAUGAACUUCAGCAACCCUCCACGUCUUCCCAAAGUCGAACAUCAUCCAACAAUGCCUUCGAGUUCACCUCCGGAUGGAAGGUUCAUCAGCUGGCUCUCCUCACUCUUCCGCUCUCAACCUCACACCAAUGA